AUGACCGAGAUGAAGACCAAGGGGGACCCCCGGGCUCACGCCUCCUCCUCCGACCCCCGGGACGGCUCGCUCCUGCUGCGCGCCCCCCGCCGCUCCGACCUGGGCUCCUUCCGCCAGGAGGCCGUCGAGGCGCUCGACUUGUCCCUGGACGGGCUGCUGUACCCCAAAAGCAGCGACGAUGAGGAGGACAGAGAGGAGGAAGAGGAGGAGGAGGAGGAGGAAGACGAGCCCAAGGCGUACCUCCCGGAGGCGGAGGACGCGAAGGGCGACUCCCCCUCGACCCGGGCCGCCUGCGGCUCGCCGGCGGACAAGGAUGCCUUGGACCGGGUCCUAGACACCUUCCUGGCCCCCUCGUCCCCCCCGGCCAGCCCCCCGGCCGCCUGGUCCUUCUUCGGGACGGAGCUGGGCGACUUCCCCGGCGCCUUGAUGAGCCGCCGCCCCCCCGACGGCAAAGCGGGCGAGGCGUCCGCCGCCCCCCUCUCCCCCCCGGCCGCCGCCGCCUCCUCCUCCUCUUCCUCGCCCUGGAAGGCCGCCAAGGAUGCGGACGGCGCCGGCUUCAGGAGCCGUCGGGGCAAGGAAGCCGCCGCCGCCGCCGCCUCUGCGCAGCGGGACGCGUCGGGGCCGGACUUGGAGGGGGUCCCCGCCGCCGCCUCCGGCAGCCUGCUGCCCGCCGCGCCGACGGGGCGCCCCCCGGGGCCCGUCCCCUCGCCGCCCCACCCCGCCGACUUCCUCGGCAUGGCCCCCCUGCCCCUCAACUCGGCCUACCUCGCCGCCAGGACCCGCCAGCUGCUGGACAUGGCCGAGUACGAGCGGGGCGGCCCCUUCGGCGGCCCCCCGCCCCGCCUGGCCUCCCCCCCGCCCUGCGGCCUGCCGGACUUCGCCCACUACGCCUACUCGCCCAAGGAGGGCCAGCCCCAGCCCCACUACCUGUUCGCGGGCGGCGGCGGCGGCGGCGGGGGGGACUUCCAGCCCGCCCUCAAGAUCAAAGAGGAGAGCCUGGCCGCCGGAGCCCCCGCCGCCCAGCACGCCCCCGACGGCGCCUACCUGGCCGGGCCGGCCUCCCCGCUGGCCAGAGCCCUGCCCGCCGCGGACUAUGCCGCCCCGCCGUCCAAGCCCGGCGGCCACCCCGAGGCCGCCGCCGCCUCCUCCUCGUUGGAGUCCGUCCUCUACAAAGCGGAGGUCGCCGCCGCCUCUUACGGACCAGCGCCUUGCAAAGCCUCCACCAGCUGCAUCGUGCCCAGGGACAACCUCAGCCUGCCCUCUACCUCCAGCACGGCGCCCCCUUCCGCCUUGUACCAGCCGCUGGCCCUGCACGGGACCCCCCAGCUGUACCCGCCUUAUCUGAGCUACAUCAGGUCCGAUGCAGAAGCUGGCCAGAGCCCGCAGUACACUUUUGAAUCAUUGCCUCAGAAGAUAUGCCUCAUUUGUGGCGACGAGGCCUCAGGAUGUCACUAUGGAGUCCUUACCUGUGGAAGCUGUAAAGUCUUCUUUAAGAGAGCAAUGGAAGGACAGCAUAACUAUUUAUGUGCUGGGAGGAAUGACUGUAUAGUUGAUAAAAUUCGCCGGAAGAACUGUCCUGCGUGUCGCUUGAGGAAGUGUUGCCAAGCUGGCAUGGUACUUGGAGGUCGAAAGUUUAAGAAGUUUAAUAAGGUCAAAGUUCUGAGGACGUUAGACGUUAUCGCACUCCAGCAGCCCGCAGCCCAUCCAAACGACAGUCAAACCCUCGCCCAGAGGCUCUCCUAUUCUCCAAACCAAGAGAUCCAGUAUAUUCCGCCGCUGGUCAGCAUCUUGCAAGGCAUCGAGCCUGAAGUGGUCUACGCAGGUUACGAUAAUACGCAGCCGGAAACACCGAGCGCUCUGCUGACCGGCCUCAAUCAACUAUGCGAGAGGCAGCUUCUUUGUGUAGUCAAGUGGUCCAAGUCAUUACCAGGAUUCCGGAAUUUACAUAUUGAUGACCAGAUAACCCUAAUCCAGUAUUCCUGGAUGAGCCUAAUGGUGUUCGCCAUGGGAUGGAGGUCUUAUAAGCACGUCAGCGGUCAGAUGUUAUAUUUUGCACCCGAUCUAAUACUAAACGAACAGAGGAUGAAGGAAUCAUCAUUCUAUUCACAGUGCCUGUCCAUGUGGCAAAUCCCCCAGGAGUUUGUCAAGCUCCAGGUCUCCCAGGAGGAAUUCCUCUGCAUGAAAGCGUUGCUUCUCCUUAGCACAAUUCCUUUGGAAGGUCUCCGCAGUCAAAACCAGUUUGAAGAAAUGAGAUCGAGCUACAUCAGAGAGCUGGUUAAGGCGAUCGGGUUGCGGCAGAAGGGCGUGGUAGCCAGCUCGCAGCGUUUCUACCAGCUUACAAAACUGAUGGACUCCAUGCAUGAUCUUGUGAAACAGCUCCACCUCUACUGUCUGAACACGUUUCUCCAGUCUCGGGCCCUGAGUGUUGAAUUUCCAGAAAUGAUGUCAGAAGUGAUCGCAGCACAGUUGCCCAAGAUUCUUGCGGGAAUGGUGAAACCUCUGCUCUUUCACAAAAAGUGA